AUCCAUUUGGUUAGUUGCCAAUUGCCAGUUGGCCAGGUUAGUACACCAUGUGUAAUUUUCAUCUUCUGCUGAUUCUUGCCACAGCACUGGGCGAUUUGGUCUGUGCCACGCCCUCUCUGCGUUCCGCCUCUGAGCCUGAAAAGAUCUUAAACAAUCUAGCUCAACUUAGGCAGAGUAGCUUUCUGGACUGGAUUCAAUCGAUCCUGGGACCCGAGGUGCCAGCGGAAUGGAGCUCUCCGGCCAAAAGGGAGUGCGCAGAGUGCUCCUGUGGUAAUAUCAAUACCCGUCAUCGCAUCGUCGGAGGUCAGGAGACGGAGGUCCAUGAGUAUCCCUGGAUGAUAAUGCUCAUGUGGUUCGGUAACUUCUAUUGCGGCGCCUCUUUGGUUAACGAUCAGUAUGCCUUAACGGCUGCCCAUUGUGUGAAUGGCUUCUACCAUCGUUUGAUCACGGUCCGAUUGCUGGAGCACAAUCGUCAGGAUAGCCACGUCAAGAUCGUGGAUCGCCGUGUUUCCAGGGUGCUUAUCCACCCGAAGUACAGCACCAGAAACUUUGACAGUGACAUUGCUUUGAUUCGUUUCAAUGAACCAGUUCGUCUUGGCAUCGAUAUGCAUCCAGUGUGCAUGCCCACUCCGAGCGAGAAUUAUGCUGGUCAAACUGCCGUGGUCACCGGAUGGGGAGCUCUGAGUGAGGGCGGGCCUAUUUCGGAUACCCUCCAGGAGGUGGAGGUGCCCAUUCUCAGCCAAGAGGAGUGCCGAAAUAGCAACUAUGGCGAGUCCAAGAUUACCGACAACAUGAUCUGUGCCGGCUACGUGGAGCAGGGUGGCAAGGACUCCUGCCAAGGAGACAGCGGUGGACCCAUGCAUGUCCUGGGCUCUGGAGACGCAUACCAGCUGGCAGGAAUCGUGUCCUGGGGCGAAGGAUGUGCCCAGCCGAAUGCCCCGGGUGUUUAUACGCGAGUGGGCAGCUUUAACGAUUGGAUUGCGGAGAACACCAAGGAUGCCUGCUCCUGUGCCCAACCAGAAGCUGCUGGGGAACCAGCUUCCCCUAUGGAAACCACCGAGCAGGGAGACCAAGAGAACACCACUGCAGAUGGAGCAGCAGAAGCAGAUCCCGAGGCUGUGGAGGCCAAUAAGUUGAUUUGAAAUUGAGUUCAUUCUUCGACCAAUUUUUAUAUUGCAAAUAAAGGUCACUUAACUACA